ACAAAUACAACGACUUCAUCGAGGCCAAUCGCAUCGAGGACUCGAGGGAGCGGAUGAAGACGCUGAGGAAGCUGAUCCGGGACCUCCCAGGACACUACUAUGAAACGCUCAAAUUUCUUGUGGGCCAUCUCAAAACCAUUGCUGACCACUCGGAGAAAAACAAGAUGGAGCCCCGGAACCUGGCCCUGGUCUUCGGGCCGACACUGGUGAGGACAUCUGAGGACAACAUGACAGAUAUGGUGACCCACAUGCCCGACCGCUACAAGAUCGUGGAGACUCUGAUCCAGCACUCAGACUGGUUCUUCAGUGACGAUGAGGACAAGGGAGAGAGAGUAAGUGACGCAGAGGCCUGGGUUGGGCUGGGGUCUGCUCUGAGGACAGUGCCCCCUGGCGACCCAGGUUCAGAUUCCACCACUUGUAGUUCAGCCAAGUCCAAGGGCUCGGGCUCGUGGACCCCCAAGAAGGAGCCGUACGCCCGGGAGAUGCUGGCGAUCUCCUUCAUCUCGGCCGUCAACCGCAAGCGGAAGAAGCGGCGGGAGGCGCGGGGGCUGGGCAGCAGCACCGACGACGACUCGGAGCAGGAGGCGCACAAGCCCGGGGNGAAGAGCUCCUCAAGAGGGCGUCGCCACACGGUGGUGGUGCAGAGCCCGCUGACCGACCUCAACUUCAACGAGUGGAAGGAGCUGGGCGGAGGGGGCCCCAUGGAGCCCGCCCACCCGCAGGCACACAGUGACAACAAGGACUCCGGCCUCAGCAGCCUGGAGUCCACCAAGGCGCGGACCCCGUCGACCGCGGCCUCGCUGCCACCUGCGCCAGGGGACCCGGGGACCCUGCAGAGCCAGCCCCAACGCCGCUCGGCCACCUCCCGCCUCCAUCAGUGUGUGUGA